UUCCCAUCCUGCUUUGCUUCCACAACAGCAGUUUUUUUUCUCUUUUCUUCUUCGAUUUGUUGAUCUAACCACUUGGUCUCGAUCUUUCUUUUUUUCUGCUGCAAUGGCCACUAAAAACGCUAGAGAGAGGAAGUGGUGGGAGGAGAGAGAGAGCAGUGAAAGCACAAUCAGAAGGCAAAGUUGAGAGAGUAGCGACUUUUAUAGUGAAUGAAUUAUGUUCGUUUAUUUUUCCGCUCUCCUUUUUUGCUUCUCCUCCCAAUUACUGAUUGUUAAAAAGUCGGCAACUUUGAAAUUCAAAGCGAAACCCUGUUCCUUCUACUGUUUUGGGUUUUCAUUGUUCCGAUUGCUGUUCGUUAUUCUGUGGUAGUGGGGAAGAUUGAAGAAAGGGUUUCGUGGAUUUGGGUUCGUGGUGGUGGUGGUGGGUCGGAUUCGAUUCGGGCGGAUUUGAUAUGGGUGGGUGCUUUCCUUGUUUCGGAUCAUCGAACAAGGACGGCAGCAGCGGCGGCGGCGGUGGAGCUGGAAGUGGCGGCAAAGAAGCUGCGAAGAAAGAUUUGGCGAAGGAAGGCUCAGCUCCUCAGUCUCACCAUGUUAGUCGGCUCGGCUCAGACAAAUCAAAAUCUCGGGGUGGUUCCGAGUCUAAGAAAGAGUCAACAAUUCCGAAAGAUGGUUCGACAGCUCAUAUUGCAGCUCAAACGUUCACAUUCCGUGAGCUGGCUGCUGCCACCAAGAACUUUAGACCUGAGUGUUUGUUGGGAGAAGGUGGGUUUGGGCGGGUGUACAAAGGCCGGAUGGAAAGCAGUGGACAGGUAGUAGCAGUGAAACAACUUGACCGUAAUGGGCUUCAAGGAAAUAGGGAAUUUUUGGUUGAAGUUCUUAUGCUUAGUCUCCUUCACCACCCAAAUCUUGUUAACUUAAUCGGUUAUUGUGCUGAUGGGGAUCAACGGCUUCUUGUUUACGAAUACAUGCCCUUGGGUUCAUUGGAAGAUCAUCUACACGACCUUCCACCAGACAAAGAACCCUUGGACUGGAACACGAGAAUGAAGAUAGCAGCAGGUGCAGCCAAAGGGUUGGAGUACCUGCAUGACAAAGCCAACCCUCCAGUCAUCUACCGAGACUUAAAAUCUUCAAACAUCCUCCUCGACGAGGGGUUCCACCCGAAGUUAUCAGAUUUUGGACUGGCAAAGCUGGGCCCCGUGGGUGACAAGACACACGUCUCCACUCGUGUCAUGGGGACUUAUGGUUACUGUGCUCCUGAAUACGCCAUGACUGGACAGCUCACGUUGAAAUCCGACGUUUACAGCUUUGGAGUCGUGUUUCUCGAGCUCAUCACCGGGCGCAAGGCAAUCGACAACGCAAGAGCCCCUGGAGAACACAAUCUCGUUGCAUGGGCGAGGCCGCUUUUCAAGGAUCGGAGGAAGUUCCCGAAGAUGGCAGAUCCCUUACUCCAAGGACGGUAUCCAAUGCGAGGACUCUACCAAGCGCUGGCAGUCUCAGCAAUGUGCUUGCAAGAGCAAGCUGCUACAAGGCCACUGAUAGGGGAUGUGGUGACUGCUUUGACAUAUCUAGCUUCCCAAACCUACGACCCAAGCGGCCCAACGAGCCAUAGUAACCGAAUGGGAGCAUCUACACCGAGGAUCAGGGAAGACGGGACUGACAGCCCGGAUGGUCGGGUUGGGUCCCCAUCUGUGCACAAGAAUUCCCCCGACUACAGGAAAAGAGACCGCCACAGGGAGUUGGGGACAGGUCCAGAGGUGGGAUGGGGUGAAUCUGGCAGUGGUGGAGGGUCCGGGAGGAGAUGGGGCGUGGAUGAGUUGGAGCGGCAGGACUCCCGGAGGGACACUCCAGUGAACGGUGGCAGCAGAAUGAGGGAGGGUUCGAGGAACCGGGAUUUGGAUAGGGAGAGAGCGGUGGCUGAGGCAAAGGUCUGGGGGGAGAACUGGAGGGAAAAGAAGCGGGCGAAUGCUGUGGGGGGUAGCUUCGAUGGCAGUAAUAGUAAUAACGAGUGAAGGAAGUGGGAAUUACACACUGAUGCAAGAUUUUGCACAGGAGGGAUGGAAAAGAUGCUGAAAGGUUGCUAAUCCUUGCUGUGAAAAGAUUCACAGGGCGAGCAGAGGGGCUGGUGAACCAUCCUCGUAUGGAGUCAGUGUCGGUCGAGGUAAAGUGAAGGAGGAGAGUGGUCAGUCUUUGUAUCCAACUUUUGACUGAUGAUGAUGAUGUUGUAAUUGGGUUCUAGUAGUAGUCGUUUGUUGAGAGAAUGAAAACCAAAGGCCGUGAAUGCUUCGAUUUCUUGUGAUUGAAGGCAAAGAUGGAUACGAAGAGCGAUAGAAAGAGAAGGCGAGGUCUGAGGAAGUGAUCCAUUGUAGGUGGUUGAUGAGGUUCAGAGCAUUGUUGGAAAAAGGGGAGAAACACGUAUCCAGUUAGUUGUAGAAUAUGUGAUGUAUGUAUUUGUGAUCGUUUGUGUAUUUAGGGGCUUCUUCCUUUCUGUCUCCUUUGUUCUUCCUUUUCGGUUUUUUGGUAAUGGAAAUGCCAAUGAGAUCAAGAACAAUGGGAACUCCAGUAGGAUGAGUUAACACCUACGACACUUGCAGAGAAGUCUGUCGAUCCAUGUCAGCGAAGGUGAAGCUCCAUUCAUGGCGGAUAAUCGUAACUGUAAUCCUUUCAAAAUCCCAGAAAUCAAACAC